GGACAAAUAUUUUUGGUCAGUUGUGCUUUAGGGCACUCAGGCAGAGGGCAGGCUCCCAGGACAGCAUCCAGUACUACACGUGUAGUCAGCUGACACGCAGCCAUGAUGAGAGCGGGCCCCACCAAGGUGGGGCUGCCCAAGCCAGGGCUCCAGGAGCGGGCUAAGCAGACCUCCUUUGCACCCUCCUCCUCCUCUGCCACCACCUCUACAGCCAUGAAGACCUCCAGAUCCUCCAACAUGCUGGCCUCAGACCAGCGCCUCAGCAGGCUGAAACGAGCCAGCAGUGAUGAUGCCUUGACAAAGCCUGUGCUGGGAGCUGCUGCCUCUGGCUCCAGGAUGAAGAAAACAGUGACCACCGGAGCCAUCUCAGAUCUUGCUGAGGCCCGCCCUCGCACUCUGUCUGGUGCCCAAACAACCAAGAAGUCAGGUAUCCCAGCUCCAAGAGAAACCCCAUCGACCAUAACAAGAGACCGCAUCUCUCUGAGGGACCAGUUGAGGAGCUCUUCCACCAAGAGGAUGGUUUCUAGUGCCAGCACAUCCAGCCUCUCCACCCUGGCAAAACAGACACGUAAUUCAGCUAAAUCUCGUGGAGAUACAGAGGGCCAGGAAAAGGGACUUCUGGAGUGCCAGGUGAAAGAGCUGCUGGCUGAGGCCAAGGCUAAAGACUUAGAGAUCAGCAACCUCAGGAUGGAGUUGCAGCGCUGCAAAGGUAAAGCCUCCACUGUUUCCCCAUCAGCCUCAUCCAACUCAGUCUCCCGCCAAGAGCCUGCUGCAGAACAAGAGGAGGGACAGGUGGCAGAAGCCCUUGUGCUGGUUGGUGAGCUGAGGGAGAAGAACGGAAAGUUUCAGAGAGAGCUGGCAGCCCUCAGGGAGGAAAACCAGGGGCUAAAGGAAAAACUGCUUUGCCUGGAGGCAUCUCCUCUCUCGAGUACAAACACCAGCAGCCCCACCAAGCGUUUGCUUAAUGGCCUGCCUUCAGAGUCCAACACCUCAGCUCCACAACACGACAGUCUCCCUUCUACUGCCAGCCCUCUCAAAACCUCUGUCUCCUCCAGCUCUGAUGUCACCAAGGACUCGCCCUCACCUGACUCUUCAGAGUUUGAGAAGAUCCCAUCACGUUCAGAAUCAGUAAGCAGUGGUGUCAGCGGUGAAGCCGUUGCGGGGGGGGCAGUAACUAAUGCAGGGGGGCAGGGUGUGUCGGUGCAGAGCCUAACAGAACAGAUUCACAAGAUGGAGGAGAGCCACCACAGCACAGCCGAGGAGCUGCAGGCAACUCUGCAGGAGCUGGCCGACCAGCAGCAGGUGGUGCAGGAGCUAACUGCUGAGAAUGAGCGUUUGGCUGAGGAGAAACGCCUCCUGCAGACCUCACUUCAACAGCAGAGAGAGCGUCUGGAGCUGCUGGCCCAGAAGAACGAGGCACUGGCUGGCCGACUUCAGGAACAAGCCCAGGCCCAGGCCCAGAGAGAGGAGGAGCUGGGUAACCAAGGGCCUCGGCUGGCCGAGCUGGAGCAGAGGUAUGCCGAGCUGGUCGAGAGUUCACGCUUCGAGCGGGAGAAGCUGGUGGACAUCCAGCAGCAGCUGACAGGCAGUCUGCGGGCUCUUGAGGAGGAGCAUCAGCAGGCCCAAGGCCAGGUGCGCUGCUUCAGAGAAGAGAUGGAAAAGCUGCAGGCCCAGUUGGACAGGGAGCUGGAAGCCGGAGGUCAGGCAGCACAGUCUGCAGAGGAACAGAGGGCAACAGUAGACUGCCUCAGACUGGAAAAUAGUAGGCUGAAGGCACAGGUGGACAUUGAGAGGCAAAAGGUGGGUGAGCUGAAAGCCAUGCAGAGUGCCAGUGACAGCACUGAGAUGCAGAGCUUGCUGAAGACGGCUCACACUGAGAGAGACAGGCUGGAGGUGGAGCUGACAGAGCUGAGACAGGAGCUGCUGCAGGCCCAGGCUGAGACUGAGCAUGUGCAAGCUAUGAUGACAAAGGUAGAGGCCAAAUGCCAGCAGGUUCAGGAGCGGGCGGAGAGGAGGGAGCAGGAGCUCAGCAGCAGGGUGAGCUCCCUGGAGGAGGCCGGGAUCCAGACUGACAACCAGGUGAAGGAGCUAAAGGAGACUAUCUUCGAGCUGGAGGACCAGGUGGAGCAGCAGAGGGCUGUCAACCUCCACACCAACCAAACCGUCCUGGACAUGGAGAAUCUUGUCAAGAAGCUGGAGGAGCAGAAAGUUGAAGCAGAUCGACACCUGAAAGUUUUAAAUAGACAGAUGAAGGAUGAAAAAGAGGAGUGGCGUCGGUUCCAGGCAGAUCUCCAGACGGCGGUGGUGGUGGCCAAUGACAUCAAAGUGGAAGCCCAGCAGGAGCUGCGUACGCUCAGGAGGCAGCUGCAGGAGGAGCAGGAUCGCAGUGCAAAGCUUUCCGCAGACCUCGAGGCCCUGCAGGGAGUCAGGUCCCAAGGUGAAGAGGGGAAAGUGUCCGACUCCGAUAACAGCCGUCACUGGUGCGGCAUCUCCAUGAUCCCGACCACACCCAUUGACGGAGCCAGCGGAGAUGCCAACUUAGAGCCAGGAGCUACUGUCAAAUCCCUGAUUAAGUCCUUUGAUACUGUUGGACAGAAUGGACCAGCUCACACAGUUCAAAUGCACUCCUCACCAAGAAGCCCGCUGAGUGGGAUCCCUGUACGCACUGCACCGGCUGCUGCUGUCUCCCCUAUCCAGAGACAGUCAUACAUAAAGCCCCUAUCAAAGACUUUGGAAAAAAGAAUCAAUCAUGGAGAAUUCUCUCAUCAUCACGAUAAGUUGUCGAGUUGCGGGGAAGAUAUGAAACCUACCAGCCUCAUGAGGAAGAGCCCUUCCUUGGAGUCUGUAAUCAAAACUCCCGCCUCCCUCGGCGGCCGCACAGCAUCCUUCAGCUACAACCGAGCCAACAGCAAGCUCAGUGUGGAAAGAAAGGACCCUUUGGCUGCACUGGCGCGGGAGUAUGGAGGAUCUAAGAGAAACGCUUUACUGAAGUGGUGCCAGAAGAAAACAGAGGGCUAUCCGAAUAUUGAUGUGACCAACUUCAGCAGCAGUUGGAGUGAUGGCCUGGCUUUUUGUGCCCUCCUGCACACAUAUCUGCCCGCCCACAUCCCUUACCAGGAACUCAUCAGUCAAGAUAAGGUCCGGAAUCUGACCCUGGCUUUCCAGGCGGCUGAAAGCAUUGGCAUCAAACCCUCACUGGACAUCGAGGAGCUGAUGAAGACCGACAGGCCCGACUGGCAGAGCGUCAUGCAGUACGUCUCUCAGAUCUACAAGUACUUCGAGACCUGA